AUGAAAGACAUCGUCGUACCAUCCCCACUAGACAAAUUCCUAAUCGGACCAAGCUUCCACGAGUCAAACCACCGUUUCUUCGUGCAGAACCUGCUCCGCCCCGCCCCGACAUCUAUAUUGAAACACGCCACAGUCGCCUGUGCCGCCGUGCUCCUCGGAGACCAAGAUGCGCAGUACAUGAAGACAAGCGUCGAAGUCGGACACCGGCGGGCUGCACUGGCUGUCUCGGGACUGCGGUCGUUGCAGAUAUCCAAGGAGCAGGAUCUGGUUACUGCGCUCGUGCUCGGCGUGGCUAUAGUGACGUUCGCUAUGCAUGUAGCCGAUGGCCAGCCGGUGCUUAUAUCGCGUUAUACGUUGACACUUGUUAAGCCGGUUUAUCAGGCUAUCCUGGGGAUGGAUCCUGGUGUUAUGGAUUUGUUGAUGUGUUUGGUUAGUACGGAGACUUCGGAGUGUCUGCUUCGGUCUGAGAUCCCGACUAUCCGGGUCGGUGAACGGGAUCGUUACAAUGUUGUUGAUCGGUAUCUUGGGCUUAGCUCGUCGCUUUUUGCCCAGUUAUAUGAUAUCUGCGAGGCUGGUCAUUUGAUGAAAGUUACCGGUGGAAGAAUGGAUUUUGAAAUGGUUGAACGAUUGGCCACGAUACAAGACUCCCUGGAGAAAUGGCAGCCCUCAUCACCGCCGGACUUUAUUGAACGAUUUACUCAGUCUGAGAUUGUGGUAAUGCUCGCUCAGGCGAAGGUUCCUCCGUCUUGCGGCUUUACUUAUUGUGCAUCGGCUACGCUAUCCCUAUGGGCAACGCGACAAGGAAGCAUUGCAAUUUUCCAAUGCUAUUACCGCGGAGAUCGACAUGGUCCUGCAAUCUACAGGACGUUCAAUACCAUGCACGGCAAUUGCAUAUAUGGUAGCAUGCUUUGA